AAACGUCAAAUGUACUCAGUUGGGGCAGAUGAGAGUAGUUGGAGUUAAAAUUGUUGAGAAAAUAGACAAAUUUAGAGUUAAGUAAAAUAAUGGAAGCUGCGCGCGCUUUUGAAAAAUAUUUAAGAGCACGAAUUCGCGCAGAGCGCUUAAAUUACUCAGUUUUCGAGCAAUAUGUUUCGCGAAGACAACAUAAAAGCUUUGACCGUUUGCGGGCUGGACAUUUUGCUACAUCUAGGAAUUCUUUGCCCACCUCAUACAUUAAAAUACCCAUGUGCAGGUCGAUGGCUGACAAUCGUCGACCAGUUCCCUGCCCCGAAAAGCCGAGCAAGGAGACUGUGUCGUCGAGAGCAAAGGACGAAGGCGCCGAGAAGGCGAAAGACCGACAGAAGUCCAAAGGGAAAAACAAAUACAUAUGUAAAUUACCUAUUAUAGUUGUGCGUUCGAAGCGAACUCCCGAAUGUACCCAUGGGUCUAGUACCAAGACGCGUUUCAGAUGCUGUUUGGUUAAAGAGGAGUUACGAACUAAAAUGCCACCGAAGGACUCAAAUACUUCCUCUGCUUCGCCAAUGGUCGUGCCUGGGUGUCCAUCGAGUCAAAGUUUAUCAACCAAGAGAGCAAAUCUGGCGGAAAAGCAGGAAGUCUUAAAGAGCGCCGAAUGCGAGGAAUUACCUGAAAUCGCCAAUGAAUUAGGCGCCCUUACGAAAAAACUGGAGCGGCAGAUUCAAAUGGAAAUCGAUCAAAAGCGAAUAUUGAAUACGAUGAACGAUCGAUUGAAACAGCUCUGCGAAAAUAUUAAAACACUAAACGAGACGACCAACCAAAUUAAGUGUGGAAAGGAAAAUCCGGCUAAGAGCCCAACCAAACAAACGUCGACUUGUCUGGAAAGUCCAAUAGAUGAAGGCAAUGCCCCGCUGGAGCGCACGCAUUCGAGCAGGUGUGAAUUCUGCAAGGACAGUGAUCUGCCCGUUAUUAGCACCAUGCAGUACCCACUCUUCAAGAUGAUAGGCAAACGAUCUUUUGGCGAUAUUGCGCUAUCAAUUCUAUUGCGGGCGGACAAUGUAUACCAUGUGAAUGUGAGGGAUCUGGAAACUGGCACCGUGCUGGGAUGCUUGCUGGUCAGCGAUGCUGGCAUCAGGGAGGCCAACAGCUUGGGCCUGUUUAAGGAAAUACUCACGUUCUGUGUUAUUGAUGAGCGGAGCACUAUCAGUGGCAAGGACUCGGUAUUUGGCAACAUUAACUUCGAGUUCAUACGUAAACAACGUCUAACGGGAGGAGAUAUGUUGAGCGAUAAUAGCCAACAGAAUCUGUGCCAUGAGAAGGCACACAGUCAUCAGUACGAAGCGGAAUUCUACCAAGCCGAUGUUCGAGGAUCCGUUGAAUCGGAUCAAGACGCCGAUUGCCAAUCGAAAAUUUUCGAGGAAGUCCAACCAAAGCUGCAAUUCCAUUCGACCAAACCCAACAAUAUCGUCAAGUCUGGCCACUCAGUAAGCAAGACAUUGACAGUUAUGAAAUCCAACCCGGGAAGUACUUGUAAACCCAAGAUGAGCUUAUCUGAAGUAAUUCGUGAAAUCAACUCCUACAGUAGCUCCAUAGUGCUAGCAGAUACGGAGACCAAGUAUCCAGUACGCAAAUUACGCAUCACUUCCCUCAUGGACUAUUCCUCCGCCUCUGAAUUCGAGGAUGACGAUUCUUCUACAACUACAAAAUAAGCAAAAUACGCUCAGUAGCUGCUCAAUCUGUCACAAUCUUUGCAUAUUCCAAAUUUAAGUGUAUUCUUUUUAAGUAUGACUUUGACAGAGAAUAAAUAGCCCAGAAGGUAUACGGGUUUUAGCCAGAA